UCACCAUCCCUAGCUGUGAUCUGCUUCUUUUGUUUGUGUGCUAGCUUUAUCCAUGGCUAACAAUAUUUUGCUAGGACUGGUGCUCGCUCUGCUUGUUUAUGCAGCUGCCGGGGAAAAGAACCCGACCGGUUCCUACACUACCUCGGCUGAGCAAUGCCGGCUCCGGCAACUAAGGACGGUGGAGCCGUCCCGACGGCUGGUGUCGGAAGGGGGCGUGACUGAGUUGUGGGACACUAAUGAGGACGAGUUCCAAUGUGCUGGAGUCGCUGCGAUAAGGAGCACCGUGCAGCCUAAUUCACAGUCUCAGCCUAACUACCAGCCAGCCCCUAUGCUGGUUUACAUUGAGCAAGGCGAAGGGUUGUUGGGAAUAACCAUCCCGGGAUGUGCAGAGACUUAUGAGUCAGAGUCAUUUGAGGAUUUAAGAGGCCGACGGGCAAGCCACCAGGGAAGCCUAAGAGGUGAGCAGGGAGAGCAACAAGGAGAGGGCAGGAGAACAGACCAGCAUCAGAGGGUGCACAGGAUUCGUCGGGGUGACAUCCUCGCCAUUCCAGCUGGUGCAGUCCAUUGGUUGUACAAUGAUGGCAAUCAAGAGCUUGUUGCCUUCGCUGUCGUAGACAUGAACAACCAGGCUAACCAGCUCGACCAGCAAUAUAGGCCAUUUUUGCUCGCCGGUGGGGAACCAAAUAGGCAAGGGCAACGGCAAGGCGAACAGCAAAGAGAUAGCCAAAACUUCCAGAACAUCUUUAGCGGAUUCAACACGGAACUGCUGGCUGAGGCCUACAACAUUCCGGUGGAAAUCGUGAGGAGGAUGCAGGAGAAUGAUGAGCGCGGACUCCUGGUGAAGUGCCAAGAAGAAAUGCACCGCAUUAUUAGAGCUGACGAAGACGAAGAAGAUGAAGAUGAAGGGCAAAGGCAAAGACGGCUAAAUGGGUUGGAAGAAACUGUUUGCACUACCAGAAUUAGACACAACAUGGACACCCGCAGCGAGUCCGAUAUUGUCUCUAGGCAUGCCGGAAGAGUAAAUAUUGUCAACCAACAUAAGCUUCCAAUCCUUCAAUUCCUCGACAUGAGUGCAGAAAAAGGCCAUCUUUUUCCGAAUGCAUUGUACUCACCAAACUGGGCCAUGAACAACCAUAGAGUUAUCUAUGUGACUAGGGGAGACGCCCAUGUGCAAAUCGCCGACGACAACGGGAACAAUGUAUUCGACGAGAAGGUUAACCGUGGAGACGUUUUUGUGAUCCCUCAAUUCUUUGCGGCGGUGACCAGGGCCGGAAGCAAUGGCUUCGAAUACGUGUCGAUAAAGACAGCUGGCCAGCCAUUGAAGAGCACCCUGGCCGGCUACACCUCGGUUAUAAGAGCCAUACCAGCAGAUGUCCUUGCGAACUCAUUCCAAAUAUCCCCAGAAGAAGCUCAACAGUUGAAGCACAAUAGGGGCAGACAGAGCUUGGUUCUAUCCUCUAGCCGGAUCUCCCCAUAAGGAGGUUUUUUGUAACUUUCGUGUGUAUCACUACUACUACUACGUACUUAGGGCCACCCCACUAUGCAGUAGUCCUUCUUGUAGAAUUGAGAAGGAUUUUGAACAUGUUAAGGAAA